GGGAAGGUAGCCAGAGCGCUCAUCUCCAGCGGCUGGCAGUCUGGCAACGUCGCCGGCUGUAGCACAUCGUUGUUGUGUAUUGUAAUUCGUAUUUAUUGUCUUGAUUUCCGCCGUGCAAAGUGCAUCUGAAUGCAAUAUCGGAUCUGUGCAAGGUUCUUGCCCUUUCGCUGGUCGCUGGUGCGCAGCCUGUUGAUCGCUGCCAGCGUCACCACCGCCAUCGCAAUUCCGCCGGCAUUCGCCACAGCGAGCAGUCGCCACAGGAGCAGUCGCCACAGUAGCUGCUUCUCUUCCAGUGCCACCAGCUCCAAUUCCACUUCCAGUGCCUGCUCCAAGAUGGGCGACCACCAACCAGCGGCGGCGGCGGCGGCAGAGGGAUCCUCCGCAGCCGGCGAGUUCGUCUACCAGGCGGGCAGCAGUUCGGUGGCAUUUGUGACCACGCCGGAUCGGGAGUCCGCCAGGAAGCUGGCCCGCAGCAUCAUCGAGCAUAAGUUGGCCGCCUGCGUGAACAUUGUGCCCCAAAUCGACUCCGUCUACAUGUGGGAGGGCAAGAUCAACGAGGACUCCGAGUAUCUGAUGAUGGUCAAGACGCGCACCAGCCGCAUCGACGACCUGAGCAAGUUCGUCCGCGAGAAUCAUCCUUACAGCGUAGCCGAGGUCAUCUCGCUGCCCAUCCAGAAUGGCAAUCCGCCGUAUCUCGAUUGGAUCGCACAGACGGUGCCUAAGAAGGUCGAGAGCCAAGACUAAAUCGAAUUUGUAAUCCCUUUAAUGGAAAUAAAACGCUCAUCUAAGGCAGCAAA